AUGCUUCGCAAACUCCGCCCGACCAACUUAUGUAUCCCUCCCGCACCUUCAUUACCCCGCAGUAACACCACCGCCUGUCCAUCUCACCCACGCGCAUCCGCGCCGUUCCGCACCGCUUCCGCGCCUCCCCCGCGCCUCCCCCGCGCGCGUCGCACGAGGGGCUCGCAGCUUCACUCACGCGCCAGCGCUACUAGCCGCUGUUCGCACACCGCUCGCCACCUCGCGUCGCCCGCCUGUCUCGUUACCCGUCGCCCGGGCCUCCACACUUCCUCCCACCGCCUUUCCACUCCACACAACACAGCACAGCAGCAGCAGCAGCAGCAGCAGCAGCAGCAGCAGCAGCAGCGCAUGUCGUUGCAUCGCGUGUGUCGCGGGUUUCUGCGCGCGUCCCGUGAGUCUAGAAGAACCCAUGCGAGCUCGGGUCGUGCUGCCGCAGCAGCAAGGCCUUUUGGGAGCUUUCACACCCCACCUUUUGAGAUAGCAACUGCUGCGAAACAUGGCACGGCGGCCCCGUGGCAAGGCGCAGACGGGGCAAAGUGCAUCCACUGGCCUAUAGCAGCAGCGUCUGCUUCACCCCGUGCAGCAGCACGGGAGCGCGAGCUGCAACGUGUGAAGCCCCUUUUGAGCCAUCCCUAUCCCCACCCCCAUUCACAACCACAAGCGCAGCCACAGCAACUGCUGCUCCGCGGCUCAGCACUGCUUCCAAGAGCACAUGAUGGUUCCAACACGUGGAGCCCCCUUGUAGCCAUCCGAGCCACGUCAGUCGUUGAUGCUGUGCAGGGGAUCUCAGCCGUCCGUUUAGCACUACCUCAAAGACCAAGUUUGUGUGCCCAACUGGUGCCGCUCCUGCCUGCCCGCCUGCUGUCGACUGCUGCUGCUGCUGCUGCUGCUGCUGCAGGGACAGGUGAGAGUUGCUGGCUGCUGCGUCCCUCCCUCCCUCCCUCCCUCCCUCCCUCCCUCCCUCCCUCCCUCCCUCCCUCCCUCCCUCCCUCCCUCCCUCCCCCCUCCCUCCCUCCCUCCCUCCCUCCCUCCCUCCCCCCCCCCCUCCCUCCCUCCCUCCCUCCCUCCCUCCCUCCCUCCCUCCCUCCCUCCCUCCCUCCCUCCCUCCCUCCCUCCCUCCCCUCCUCCCCGCUUUACCCCCAUUCUCCUCCGCCCACUAUUUCCACAGACCCCAGAAGCCCAUUCUCCCAUAGCAGCCCUCCCCCACACGAGCGUGCCUCCCGCCAACUCACCAGCAGCACCUGCAUCCCCCCAAAGGCGUUCGUGGCUGGCGGUAGCGCUGCUGCUGCUGCCGUGUGCCACUGCCUUUGGCCUCGGGGCGUGGCAGAUUCAGCGCUACUACUGGAAGCUGCACCUUGUGAGGCGGCUGCAGCAGUGCCUGUAGGAGGCGCCAGUACCUCUGCUGGACGCCCUUCAGCCUUCAGCCUUGAGGCACAUGCGCUGCGCUUGCCAUCGGGGAGGAAGCCACUAGGUCGCCCGGGCCUGGGCUGGUGCCGGCCUAAUCCGCAUGAUCAUUUCUCCAUUUACCCCGCACGCUCUCGCUUUCAACCAUCCCUCCAGCUCGACCUGGUGGGGCGCCGGCAGCAGCGCCUGCAGGAGCCGCCAGUGCCGUUGCUGGACGCCCUGCAGGCACACGCUCUCGCCACCGGGGAGGAAACCGCACUGCCCCUGCUGCCGCCACCGUCUGCCACUCCAGCGGCCGCUCCUGCAGCUGCUGAUGGGUCUCGUGGGCCUGGCUCGGCAGCAGACGGGUCUGGUUCGGCAGGAAACGGGCCUGGGUGGGCAGCAGGGGAGCUGGAGUUCCGGCGGGUGGAGUGUGCGGGGCGGUACGACGAUGCACGGUCGCUGUUUGUGGGGCCCCGGGCGCACACAGUGAGGGGUGCGCAGGAGAAAGGGUACUUCCUUGUCACUCCGCUCAUCCCUCCAUCUGGCAGCCAGCAGCCAGCAGUGCUGGUGAACAGAGGGUGGGUGCCCGAGGCAGUGAGGCGAGAGGCAGACGAGUGGAUGGCGGGCGAGAUGGCGAGGGGAGGCGCAGGCGAGGUGGGUAAGGGGGAGGUUGAGAGCGGUGGCGGAAGCAGCAGCAGUGGCAGCAGCGUUAGUGUGAAGGGUAGCAGCAGCAGGAGUUGGUUUGGAAAAGGGCGGGCUUCAACAGAAGCAGCGACGGCAGCCAGCAAGCCAAAUCCUACCCCUGUGAUCCGUGUGUCUGGUGUGGUGCGAGCCAGCGAGAAGCCGAACCACUUUGUGCCGCCUAACGCGCCGAAGCACGGGGAGUGGUUCUGGGUGGACGUGCCUGCUAUGGCACAGGCAUGUGGCCUGCCACGUGGCACUCUGCUAUUGGACGCCAUGAAACCAACAGAGGAAGGAGAAGAAAAUGCAUCUGAGAGCACCGGCAGCAGCAGCAGCGACAGCAGCAGCAGCGGGCAGGCGGGUGUGUGCCCUGUGUUUCACAGCGACCCUCGCUUCCCUCGCCCCAAGGACCCGGAGGAGCUCGUGAAGCUGGCAGUCAUGCCUGCUGAUCACAUCACCUACGCUGCUACCUGUGGCAGUGGUGCUGUUAGUGCGGCCUGCAGUGCUGCUGGUGGUGCGGGCGGCAAUGGUGUCGGCGACGCGGGCGGCAGUGGUGCUGUUGGUGCGGGCGGCAGAAGUACCAGUGGCGCAGGGAGCAGAGGAGCCAUUGGUGAAGAUGGCAGCGGUGCUGGUAGUGUGAGGGGGAAUGGAUUGAGUGGUGCGGACGGUAGUUGUGCCGGUAAUACGGGUGGCAGUGGUGCAGGCUCCAGUUGUGCUGUUAGUGCGAGCGGCAAUAGUUCUGUUAGUGCGGACGCGUGUGGUGCUGGUGGUGCGGGUGGUAGUGGCGCCGGUGGUGCGGGUGGCCGUGCGUCUUGUGAUGCGGUUGGCAGUGAUGCCAGUUGUGUGAGGCGCCAAAGCAGACCGGGCGGCUGUGUGGGAAGCAGCUCGAAUCGAGGCUUCCUAACCCCUUCCUGCCAACCUCCCUCCCGCUCUCUCCCAACCUCCCACACUCCCUCAGCCAAACUCCCCCCCACUCUGCCAACCUUUUCUCACGCAAUCUACCAACCAUUAUCUCCCAACCGCUUUGCUGACAUCUCCCCCCUCCCUGCCCACGUUCUCCUCUGUGCCCACCUUAUCCCCUCUGCCAACCUUCCCCAUCCGAAUCAUUGCAAGGGUCCAUCCCCCCCCCUUCCCUCCCCCCUCCCCACCGCAAUCUCUACCAACCUUCGUACUCCCUCGCUGGCAACGUUCCCCUCUCCCUGCCAGCCUCUUCCCCUCUCUCUCUGCCAACCAUCCCCGUCCAUCCCAGCCCCCUCUCCCCUCUCUGCCUGCAUGCCCUCCCCCAUCCCUGCCUAG